CGUUAUCGAAAGACUAGCCAUCUUGCAAGUCAAGAUGGUUUAAGAGAGUGGAGAAAGAUACGCACUGCUGACGGAAAUUAUAAAAGUGGGCCCCAGUACUUGUGAAGGGGGCAGUCGUUCAAUAGUGUCGCGGACGAAGACUUCGCUUUUAGGGACUGUGAUUCGAGUGAAUUAACGAAAAAGAAAAGAAUCGAAAAGAAAAAAUGGGUGGAGUCGAGUGGGCAACCGAAGAAGAUGACUACGAGUGUCCUUUGUCCAAUGAGACACAAAAAAUGGCAAAAGAAGAACUUCGCGAGGACAAGAACACAAGGGAUCAGGCUUUGGAACAAAUAAGAAAUUGGGUAAAACUUAAUCCAAGGAUUGAAAAUUCCAGAAUGGAUGGUCGAUUUUUCCUGAGAUUUUUACGAUGCAAAAAAUUCAAUGUGCCGAUGAGUCAAGAAGCUAUUGAAAGGUAUCUUUUAUUACGUCAAGUUUAUCAUCCAGCAUUCAAUAAUUUGGACAUUACCGAACCAAUAAUGGAAGAAUUACUUUCCCUCGGAUAUCUAUUCGCGGUUCCUGGUCGAGAUGUUAAGGGGCGUCGUGUGAUUGUCGCUAGACCCGGAGUAUUUGAUCCGUAUAAAUAUACAAAUGCCGAUAUGUGUAAAAUUCAUGGCAUCACUUAUGAAUCGUUGAUGGAAGACGAGGAAAGUCAGGUUCGAGGUUUCGUUCAUUUCGCAGAUGGUGCAGGUGUCAGCUUUCCUCAUUUAACCCUCUUUACACCAAAAGAGGCAGUUCGCAUCGUCAAAAAUGGUGAACGAACCGUGCCAAUGAGACAUAAAGAAGUACACGCAAUCAAUGCCCAUCCAUCGCUCAAGUUUGCCUUGGAUUUUGGAAUGUCGCUGAUUUCUGAGAAGAUUAAGAGUCGCGUUAAAAUUUACACAAGUCUUGAGGAUGCGAAAAAUCAUAAAAUGGACACGAGUUUACUGCCAAAAGAAUAUGGCGGUACAAUGCCCAUGAAAGAAAUGAUUGAUCUAUGGCGAAAGGAAUUACUCGCAAUCCGGCCAACACUUCUUAAUAAUGAUAAAAUGCGAGUGCGUAUGGAAUUGUACUCGGAGAAGGCAAGAGAAGGUGCAGUUUCCGCAUUGAAACAAGGAAUGAAUUGCUUCUCCGCAUCGUCAAACAGUGAUCCGACUAUUCACGGAAUCAGUGGCUCGUUCCGAAAAUUAGAAGUAGAUUAAUAUUUCUUUUUCUUGAAACAAAAAAGAAAAGAAGUGUAAUUAAAAGUAUAGAUCUAUUUUUUUGAUCAAAUCAUCUUUUUUGAUACUGACAAUCACGAUCCACUUUUUUUUUACCGGUCAAUUUCCGAUCGAUAAAAAACGAAAAUUUGCAAUUCAGGUCUUGAUUAUUCAUCCCUUUAUGUUAGAAUAGGUGAAUCACAUUCUUCUGCACCAUAAUAGCACUAUCUUCAAUUUCACUGUCAUCAACUUCUUUCCUUAAAUUCUCAUCAAAAAAAGUAAGAUGAGAAAUAGGAAUAAAAUCACUUAUCUUCUUGUAAAAUUAUAUAUAUAAAUAUAAGAAAAUUCUAUUCGCACCUUUGAUAAUCUUGUACAGUGUGUCUAUCGGAAUAAAUAUAUUUUUAGAUUAAUAA